AUGACCGCAGUGCAAGGGAUUGAAAUGCAACCAUGGUACUUCGGUUUUUUAUCACGGGAUCAUAUUGCAUCAUAUCUGUUAAAACCUGGAGAUUGGUGCGUACGUAAUACGGGUACAAAUGAUGAACCUAUUCUGUAUGUCAUUACAAAAGUAGAUCAAAAAAAUUUGCGUGAGCUGAAGCUUGUUCAAAACAAAAAUCACAAAGGCAUGAAUCAAGCAUGUUUUACUCAUUCAUUUUAUUCAGUUUCAGGAUGGACGUUAAUUGAUAAAAAAAAUCGAACAAGAAGGGACGAUAAAAUGGCCACGUAUGAUUCAAUUACGGAAAUGUUAUCUACUGAAUCCAGUUUGUGCCACAAAGUUUAUUUUAGUAACUUGGAUUUGGAAUAUAAUAUUGAUAAAAUGAAUCUACUUCAUCCGAUCAAUCGACCCGAUUAUUUAUUAAACGACGAGAAGGUAACGAUUACAGAAACAAAGUUAGGAGUGGGUCAUUAUGCAGAAGUUUUGAAAGGAAUAUUAGAAACCGACACAGUGAAGCGCUGUUUAAAUACCGAAGAAGUAAGUACCAGCGAUAAAAGAUCUACGAAAGAUAUUAUCCAAGCAAAACUCGCAAAAUCGCAGAUGAUUUCUGAAGCGCGCUUGUUGCAGGAUUUAAUUCAUGAAAAUAUUAUCAAAAUAUACGGAAUAGCAUGCAAUUUUCCACCUGUUAAGAUGGUAAUGGAAUUUUGUCCUGGUGGUUCAUUGAAAACUUUGCUUACCGAAUACAAAGAGAAAAUCAAAAAUGAAGAAAGGAAUAUAUUUUUGCUUGAGGCUGCUAAAGCGUUACGACAUCUUCAAAUCAAAGGAUAUGUCCACAGGUGGGAUAUAGCUGCUAGAAAUUGCCUCAUUACAAUUAGCGGUUCUUUAAAACUGUCCGAUUUUGGGUUAAGUAGGCGUCUUCGGGAUUUGAAAAAACGAUCAAAUAAUCAUGAAGAUAUUGCUUGGCCGAUUCCAUGGAUGGCACCUGAAACAUUGUCAAAAAAGCCAAAAUUUUCCACGAAAAGUGACGUUUAUGCAUUUGGAGUCUUAAUUUAUGAGGUUUACUCAUGUGGUGGUCAACCAUGGCCUGAUAUCUCUGUAGUUGAAGAUAUUAUACCACUGGUGAGGAAGGGUAAAAUUAUGGCCACACCGCCAUUAUUAAGAGAAAAAAGUAUUGAAAAGCUUAUGCAUGAUUGUUGGAAACGACGAGCGUCAAAAAGACCAGAUUUUAUUGAAAUUGUGAGGCGGUUUCGUGCAAUCAUGCGAUUACAACAAGUUAAGUGAAAGAACCGUGUCGUAAAUAUGCUAGAAGGCGUCGAUUCAUCAGCUCAUUCAGUGGACUUGGAAGGAAACUCAGAUGACAGCAAUUUCACGCAAAAGAAAACAUCGAAGAUAACGGAAACAACAGAAGAAACAUCUGUGACAUUGGUA